AUGGUCGAACGAAUCCUCAGCAUCCAGUCUCACGUCGCAUUUGGCUACGUUGGAGGAAAAGCUGCUGUAUUUCCGCUGCAGUGUCUCGGAUAUGAUGUCGAUGUAGUAAACACCGUCAACUUUUCGAAUCACGCAGGGUAUCGCCGCUCUGGGGGGAGCAAGACGAAUGCUGCAGAGCUUAAGGCGAUAUUUGAGUCGAUGGAGGCCAACGAGCUGCUUAGCCCGACACGGCUAUUGACUGGCUACAUACCCGGUGCAGAAGCCCUUACAGCAAUCGGCGAACUUGCAGCCAAGCUGAAGAAACACAACCCAGGCCUCAUAUAUCUCCUUGACCCCGUAAUGGGAGACUCGGGCCGUUUAUACGUCGCCCCAGACGUGGUUCCGGUCUAUCAGAGUAUGCUCUCACUCGCCAGCGUGAUCACCCCAAACUGGUUCGAAGCUGAAACCCUCGCCAAUACGACCCUCCAUGACCUUGCAUCCCUACGCAAGGCUCUGACCAUUCUGCACAAGGAUUACGGUGUCCCCAACGUCGUUAUUAGCUCGAUUCCACUCACGACGUGGCUUGCUGAACUACUCCCAUCCAGCAUCCGUCCUGCCUCUGACGAACAUUCUGAUCAUCUACUUUGCAUGUCCUCGUCCUGGUCAAUGACCCAAGAGAAACCCACCAUCCACGCCGGAUGCGUCCCGCUCAUUCCUGGGUACUUUUCGGGAGUCGGCGACCUCUUCUCUGCACUUCUCCUAGGGCAAUUCAAGCCAGAACAGGGUGACCAUACAGAGGGCGUUACGCCGUUGUCAUCGGCGACAUCUCAUGCACUGACCAAAACGCAUGCGAUAUUGACCGUUACGCACAAGUAUUCUGAAACUCUGCCGCCUGAGGAACGGCAAGCGUCCGAUGAGGAGAAGGAUGACGCAGAGCCCAUGCGUCGGAUACGACGAAUGCGAGGAAGGGAACUGAGGCUGGUUCAGUGCCAGGAUAUCAUUCGAGGAGUAGAAGCAACCGAGUUGCGCGAAAUGCAUCCCUGGAUAGGUCUAUGGGAUAUUUAG